GAGCCAUGAGCCAUGAGCCAUGAGCCAAGAGGUUCUUUGUGUGCGUCUUUCUCGAGCUAAGAGAGGUAUAAACAGUUAAAGAUUGAGUUUUUUUGAGUGACAAUAAGGGUCAGUACCCAGUAGAAUGAUGUUUAACUUUCUUCUCAAGCGUUUCGUUGGAAGUUCAUUGACUUGUUCAUACCAUUCAUUCCUUCCCAACUUAAUGCAGUCCCAGCUGCCGAGGAUGAAGCUGAAACAGUUGUAUUUCCUAAUCCUAGGAGAAGACCUUUUCAUUUGUUGUCGCCUAAUUGGUGUGUUUGCUGUAAGAACGAGGAAAGGCCGGAGACUGUCUUAUGGGAUUAAUUUGGCGUUGGCUGCAAAGGGUAUACAUGUGAAAGACAAAGUUUUUUACAACUUAAACUCUUCUGAGCUACAACAACAUGGUGCAAAUGCAAUCAUUACAGAGUCCUUGUCAGGACUUCCCCUUCAUAUUAGAGGAAAUGUCCUUGAAGAGACUUCAACAAUAUCAAGGACACAAUUUAACAAACUCUUAAAGCAGGUCACAAGUCACAUAUCAUCCAUCCCAAAUGUUUUUGUUCAUGAUGGGACCAUUGGUUCAUCACCAAAAUGUGAUGCAAAAGUUCGUGUAAUAAGCGAGAAUCCUACUGCUGCGUUAUCACUUUCUAAUGUUCUUUGGAAGACUUCGUCUCGUGCAGUUUCUCACGACUCUUGUCCUUUAACAGUUUUUGUGGCUACUUCUAUAGGUCCAGGUGUUGCAGAAAGUAUUGGCCUUGGACCUCAAGGAAGUAACGGAUUUAUAGUUGGUGAUGUCGAGCAUUCAUUACUUGUGUUAUGUGGUAAAGCUUUCUCAGAUAAGGAUGGAACUAAAGAAGCACUGGCUGCCUUGUCUGGACCUAUCAUAAGCGCACGGGGAGGCCUCCCUUUAUCUGCAAGGCUUCUAGGCCUUGGCAACUCUGUGGUCCUUUUGUUUGCACCUGAAAAUAUUGGUAAGAGCUGUGCAGAUAAGUUAGUGUCUGCAGAUGUUGGUGUGGUUCUUUCUUCUCAAGGUGUUGCAACAUUAUUUCGAGAUGGAAGUUCUGGUGGUUCAAAUCUAUUUGAAGCUCCAGUUGCUAACAUUCUUGCAUCUUCUGAUAGUACUGGUAGUAUCCCUUACAUAUCGAAGCUUUCUCCUGGCCAGGCGGCUUACCACUUCCUGGCUGGUUAUCAGAAUGGGAAGUUCUUGCCUGCAUAUUGCAAAGGCCCUUCAUCAGUUGACCCACCAGACCUAGCAAUUGCUCUUCUUUCCAAGUUAAAAGACAACCAAAUCCCUUCAUAUUUAGUUAAUGUUGGCGUUGGAGAAGAGAGUUUAACUGGGAAAGAUUUCUUUAAGUUGGUGGAAUCAUGUCUGUCCAAGAACAUCCCACCACUACAAACAAAAGCCAGUGAUCUUCAACAAAAGUACAAGAGCUUUCUAUCAGGAAAAUUUCAAGAACUACCAGAGGAACUAUCAUUCUGAGCACAAUCCAGCCUCUUCUAUAUGAAGUGAAAGCUCCAAGCAAUGGGGCUGAAAUUUUGUUCUUGUACAUAACAUCAUAUGGCACAGAACGCCCAUAAGAAAAAAGAAAAAAAAAAUUCAUAUUUUCAGUUCAAUGAAAGGACCUUCCAAUUUUGUUAGCUUCAGAUUAAAAAAUAUAGUCUUAAUUGAUGACUGAAGUGAGCAUGGAUUUCAUAUGAAGUUUUAAUGUAGUUGUGUUUUAUCCAUGUAAUCUGAGAAUGGGACUUGUGCUUAAGCAGAUCCUUUUGGACUUUGUGACAUGAUAAGGAUGUACCGUUGCCUUUCAUGCUUAAUUAUUAAUUAUUACAGUGACAUUCCAACUCCUCA